AUGGUUUGUAAACGGGAAGCUUAUAUUCCUUCCACUGUAUCAUUAGGACCUUACAACCACUUUUGCAAUACACUGAAUGAACAUAAACAAGAAGCAGUUCGUAGAAUGGUGACAAGGAUCAACAGAGAUGGGGCUUUUUUGGUGAAAGAGAUACACGGGUUGGAGAGAGAUAUCAGAGAGUGCUACGAUGAAAAAAUAAACUGCGAUGUAGAAACUUUGUGCUGCUUGAUGGUAUAUGAUGCUUGUUUUAUUCUUGAAUUCUUUAGAUGUUCAGGGAGAACAAGGGUUCAGAAUCCCCAAGGUUGUUUUAGCCUUGUUUUUCAAAAUAAGGAUUACAAGAAUUCAAUGUAUAAUGAUAUAUUAAGUGACAUUAUGAAGUUGGAAAAUCAGGUUCCUCUGAAUGUUCUCAUCGCUAUACUCCGAUUGGAGUUUGAUCCUGCAAUACCAGAGUUAGCUAAACUGUUGAGUAACUCCGAACUAUUCAAAGGAUUUCCUUUCUAUUCCUCAUUACCAGAUGAUGGUGAUGUAAAAUUAAAGCUGGAGGAACUUAUGGAGAAAAAUCCAUAUCAUUUACUGGAUCUGUAUAGAAUGGUUAUUAACGAUAUAUUAAAACCAUCAAGCUUGGAAUCGGAUACUCCUAGUAGAUCUGGUUGGAUGCAAUUACCUUGUUCUCCCAAUGAGAGGUGCUUUAUCCCAGAUGCUGAAUCUCUCGAUGAGAAAAGGUCUACCCCUUGUGCUCAAAAAUUACAGAAUGCUGGUAUUGAAUUUGAACCAGGCAAAAUCCGAUUUAAAAGGAGCAAGUUAGGAAUCAGUAUGGUUUCCCUUCCUCAAAUCACAGUGAAUUACAUGACAGAAAUAUAUUUGCGGAACCUGAUGGCUUAUGAAGAGUGUCAAAGGUGCUCAUGGAAUCCGAAACCGACAGUAAUUUCAAAUUAUAUACGUCUCUUAGAUAUCUUUAUCAAUUCAGAGAAAGAUGUUUCUGUGCUUCGAGAUGCUAGAGUCAUUAAGAGCUUCGUUGGCUGUGAUGAAGAUAUAGUUAAAAUGUUCAACCAUCUUACGAUUGGAAUCACAGUUGGUCCCCUAGAUUGUGAUACUGCGGUAACGAUCAACCGGCUUGGAUCAAUUCGUGAAUAUGAAGAUGUAUUGAGACAGGUGAGAGAACAUUACAACAGCAAAUGGAACGUGUGGAUAGGCCAGUUUAGGGAAGAGCAUUGUUCAAAUCCACUGUAUGCUCUCUCUUUCUUGGCGGCGACAGGUCUUUUGGUUAUGACCAUUAUUCAAACUGUUUAUGCAAUGAAGUAG